AUGGUACACUUCCUGUGUUCCGGAAAUCAAGGCAUCAAAGAUAUCGUGCUAUCGCUACGUUGGAUAAAAGAUAAUAUAAAAUCGUUUGGAGGAGACCCGGAAAAUGUUACUCUGCUGGGAGGCAGUAGUGGAGCAGCCAUCAUUCAUAUAUUAAUGUUAUCACCAGAGACAGAAGGUCUAUUUCAUAAAGCUGUAAUGAUGGGAUUAUACAUAUUUAAUCCUGACGACCCAUAUGGCGAAGAUACAAACGAGCAAAUUGUCCACAAAUUCGCAAGUUCGUUCGGUUAUAAAGGAAGUGUUGAUGACAAAAAAAAACUUUUGACAUUUCUAAAGAAAUUGGGUCCCUUGGAUUUUGUUGGAGAAUACAGAAGUCAGCUUGUGAGGGAAGCUCGUCAGGAUAUCGCACCGAUUCUUCCUUGCGGAGUUUUCACACCAACCGUUGACUGUGGUGAGAACGGAAUAUUACCCGAAUUUCCAAGAAAUUUAAUACAGUCGACUUCGAAAAUUCCAUUACUUUUCGGAUAUUGCGACAGAGAAUCUAUUCUAGGGUUUGCUCAGGGAGUUAGAGAAUGUACCGAAAGAAACUUCAAAAAAUCAAUUCGUCAAAAUAAAUGGGGAUGGGGGCGUGAUUUGAGUGACGAUGAUAUUGAACUAAUAUACAAACAAGUCGAGUCGUUCUACACACAGGGAAAGCCAAUAAAGGAAGCAUCUUUAUCAACAAAGAUAGAUAUUCAGACUGGUAUCAUGUUAUCAGAUGUUUAUGAUACAUUAAUCAAUGUUGUGGCGUCCAAUCCAGAAUCGCCCGUAUACGUUUAUAAAUUUCAAUUCGAAGGUGAAAUUGUUACCAUGAAAAGUAUGUACAAGAAUAUGUUCGACGAACGAAUAGAAGGUACGAGUAAAAAACUUCAUCUUGUCGGAGAAUCAGUCAUGAAAGUGAAGGAAAAAUGA